AUGGACACAGACUCCUUAGCGGCAUCGAAUCUGCCAUUCCUGCAGGUAGCUUGCAAGUGCGAUGUCAAUCCUGAGCCCGUUGAAGAAAGCCAAGUGGAUGCGAUCCACGAUCAAUACGAGAUCUACCGAACAUCAUUCUCAUCGCCGCGAUCGCAGCGGAUGUGCAUAGCCCUGGUGCUGCGGGGAGUGAUAUCAACCCAUGAAGAUCUCGCCUCCGAGUUGGACAUUGAGAUCUCGAGUCCUGAUCCUUCCGUCACUUCACCGAGGACCACCACCAAAUCCUUCCCACAACCCCACGAUUGGCAUCAUACCCGUGCCAACUCCGAAAACCCCUCAACCGCGUUCGCCGGAGCCGCUGGCGGCCCACAAAGGACGGUCUCGGAUCAAUGUGUCGAUAGGGACGAGAAUCGCCACUCAGCCGACCAGCCAAGCCCCAGUCAGGCUCUCCAACGCCCCUCAAGUGCCCACCGUUAUGCCCGAAGUAACUCGCAACCGGUGCGACCGCAAACUCCACCAUCCGGAGCUCGUCUGAAUCUGCGCAGACCAUCAGCACAAGAACAACAUUCUCCCAGUCACGAGAGCCGUCAGCAACGAUUACACAGCGCCUGGCGCCACAGCGGAGGGUCCGACGCAUUCAACAGCUUCCUCACCAUGGACGACGAGAUGGAAGAAGGACAGAGCCGGCCGCCAAGCCCCGGCGCGAUCCUGCGACCGAAACCCAGCAGCGAAAGCAAUUCAAGCGCAGAGACAGGAUUUUCGUUCGAUGAGCUCGUCGACCGCCUGAUCUCUCUCCCAAUGUCCAAACAAGACCAAAAAUUCGCCUCUAUAUUCCUUUGCCUAUACCGCAAAUUUGCUCCUCCUGGGGCCCUGUUGAAUGCCCUCAUAGGCCGGUUCGAACGGAACGAAGCGGGCAAUGCCGAUCAGCUCGCCCGUAUGGCGGACCAACUGCGACUACUCGACAUCAUGGCUCAGUGGGCCUCUGAAUACCCUGGGGACUUCGCCCAUACCAACCUUCGCAAACGCAUUAUUGAAUUCGUCAGCACACUCGAGAAGAGUCAUUUCUAUAUGUUUGCCGCCAAGGAGAUUGGAUCACAACUAGAUUCCAAUGCGGCAGACGACGACAUUGGUUGGGCCUUUGGUGGAGACAGCGAUAUGGACGAGUCUCAGCUUGGGGAGACAUUCUUCGACAAUUCCGGCCGGAGCUCUCCAGCGCCUAUUUUCACGGGCGCUGUCACGCCGGCCGUCUACGAGGAGGAGGAAGAGCAAGAUCCCAUUUACAGUAUGAGUGCGCUGGACCUCAGCGAAGGUCCUCAUGAUUCUACAUCACGACUCUCGGGCACACUCUCAGUCUCUUCCAACGCCGCCGACAAACCCAACAGCACCAUCAACCAAUCAUUUACACUAUUGAGCCUAGAAGCAGCCCAGAAAGAAGCUUUGCGUCUGGAAUUGACACUCAAAACUACCAUCGGCAAGAUCCAAUGGCGCUUCUUCAUGGAGACACCGGAAGAAGAGUUCGCAAGAGAACUCACACGGAUUGACUGGGUUAUGUACAACUCGUUCCGGCCGCGCGAUCUAGUACGCCAUGUCAGCCUGUCAGGCAUUGACAAGGACAAGGUCAAGAGCUUGGCACAUGUCAAUCGAAUGAUCAAGCAGUUCAAUCAUCUUGCGUUCUUUGUCGCCAGCAUGAUUCUCCUCCGUGAUAAGCCUAAGCACCGAGCGAAGGCACUCGAGAAGUUCAUGAAUAUUGCAGCGAAACUCCGCCGUCAAAACAACUACAACUCCCUGGGUGCCGUGAUCGCCGCUAUCAACGGCACACCUGUCCACCGUCUCACUCAAACCCGAGACCUAGUCCCUAUUCCCGUUCAGAAAGACUUCAUGCGUCUAGUCAUUCUCAUGAGCACACAACGAAGCCACUUUGCAUACCGCCUUGCCUGGGAGAACUCAUUCUCAGAGCGUAUCCCAUUCCUCCCACUCCACCGCCGCGACCUUGUUUCCGCCGAAGAAGGCAACAAGACAUUCGUCGGCGAAAACAAAUCCCGCAUUAACUGGAAGAAGUUCGAAGUCAUGGGGGAGGUGGUCCUCGGCAUUCAGCGAAGCCAGAAGAGCCCACACCCCCAGGCUCAGAAGUUCGACGAUAUUGAGAGACUCAUCCUGGAAUCCAGGCUCUCUGGAGACGAAGAGGACUUGUAUGCGCGCAGCUUACAGGUCGAACCGUCCACGGGAGCAGAAGGACGCAGGAAGUUCGGCUGGUUGCCGCGCAGCACCUACCGUGCCCUCCUCCGCGAGCUUCCCCGCCGAAGCAUCCAAACCCCCUCCCCACUCCACCAGCGCCUCCGCGACGUCUUCCGCUCCGUACCAACAGCCACAAACGGUGCAUCCCCAUUCUCAAUCUCCACAACGCCAGAGGAACAAUCCCUCCGCGUACAGGAAGCAGAGCAGCUCGCGCAGUAUGCUCGCGCCCAGCGCACAUACUGCGAAUUGCUUGAGCGCUAUAACCCCGGCAUGAGCAUGGAUGAGGAAGAGAAGAUUAGACUUACGGCUCGUCGGGUUGGAUUCGAUUUGCCUGAGUUGCAUAGCCCUGAGGCUAAGGAGGGUGAGAACUAA